CGGCCACACAGAGAGAGAGACUCUCUCAAACCACUAUCCCUAUUAAAGGAUCAUCAUCAUCAUCAUUUCGUCUAAAUCCCGGAAAAUAAUUAUAUAUAUAAAAAAAAAGUAGAGGGGGGACUAAAGCAAAGCAAUCAGAGAUGAUCGGAAGCUUUUCACGACCGUCAAUGGAGGCCGUGCCUUUUCACGACGGCAACAUCCACGACUUGAUUGAGAGCCGAUGCCUCGACGUUCGUCAAGAUGUUAAUCACAGCUUGCAGAUGCACUCGUCAUUGGUACGGCGGCUUUCUCAGGAAACGGAGUUGGAGGGGCAUCAGGGUUGUGUUAAUUCGAUUGCUUGGAAUUCUAGAGGUUCACUUUUAGUAUCUGGAUCAGACGACACACGGAUAAAUAUUUGGAGCUAUGCCGGUCGGAAGCUUUUGCAUUCUAUUGAGACUGGGCACUGUGCAAACAUAUUUUGUACAAAAUUUGUCCCUGAAACUUCUGAUGAGCUUGUUGUCUCUGGAGCUGGAGAUGCAGAAGUUCGGUUAUUUAAUUUGUCUCAGUUAAGUGGGAGAGGACCUGAAGAUAAUGCAGUUCCUCCAUCAGCUCUGUAUCAAUGUCACACAAGAAGAGUAAAAAAGUUAGCUGUUGAAGUUGGGAAUCCCAAUGUGGUAUGGAGUGCAAGUGAAGAUGGAACUUUGAGACAGCAUGACUUUCGAGAGGGUACUUCUUGCCCUCCUGCUGGAUCUGCUCAUCAAGAAUGUCGCAACAUUUUACUUGACUUGCGGUCUGGAGCAAAGAAGUCACUAGCUGAUCCCCCGAAACAAACAUUUGCUCUAAAAUCUUGUGAUAUCAGUUCCACUAGGCCUCAUCUGCUUUUAGUUGGUGGGAGUGAUGCAUUUGCGCGUUUAUAUGAUAGAAGGAUGCUGCCUCCUCUGACAUCCUGCCGGAAAAGGACGUCUCCACCUCCUUGUGUUAACUAUUUCUGUCCGAUGCAUCUCUCUGAUCGUGGACGUACAAGCUUGCACUUAACUCAUGUUACAUUUAGCCCAGAUGGAGAAGAGGUUCUACUUAGUUAUAGUGGGGAGCAUGUAUAUUUGAUGAACGUAAAUCAUGCUGGUGGAAGUGCUGUGCAGUAUACUUCAGGAGAUGCUUCAAAGAUAAUGAGCUUCAUACCUAUACUGAAUGGGCUAGAACUGCAGCAACCAGCAUCCAGUGUCUUCAGAAGUCGUCUUCCUAAAAGACGCAAGGCCACUGCUAUGCAUGAAAAGUGCAGUAAACUAACUCAAAUUGCUGAGAAGUCCUUGGAGGAGGGGAAUUUUUAUCAUGGCAUUGAGGCAUGCAAUGAGGUGCUGGAUGGAUAUGGUCGCGAUAUUGGGCCCAUACUAAGGCAUGAUUGUCUUUGUACUCGUGCCGCAUUGUUGCUGAAGCGUAAUUGGAAAAACGAUGCUCAUAUGGCUAUAAGAGAUUGCUAUAAUGCCCGGAAAAUUGAUAACUCCUCUUUCAGAGCUCAUUACUAUAUGUCUGAUGCUUUAUCACAGUUGGCCAAACAUAAAGAAGCUGUAGAAUUUGCUAUGGCAGCGCAAUCUUUAGCUCCGUCAAAUCCUGAGGUAACAGCACAAUUGGAGAGUGUAAAAAGAAAGCUUGCUGCAGCUGAGUCUGAGAGAAAUGGUAAGCCAAAUGAUGGGGCACCCAGGUCUGAACCUCGGGGAAGAGUGCUAUCCCUUAGUGACAUACUUUACCGAUCUGAGGGUAAUAGUGAAGCUUCACAAGAUGGUCCAAGAUCUGAAAGAGAGGAUUCUGAUUAUGACGAGGAAUUGGAGUUGGACUUUGAAACGUCCAUCUCAGGUGAUGAAGAGCAAGAUAUCGAGCCCAAUAUUCUACAUGGAAGUGUAAAUCUGAGAAUUCAUCGAAGAAGUGAUUCUUCUAGAGAAGUUGAAGGGGCAAAUGGCUCUUGUGGAUCACCUUCAUCAUCAUCUCAAAAUGAAAGACUCCCGUAUCAGCCCGCGGCAGUUAUUGAUAUGAAACAGAGAUAUGUCGGUCAUUGUAAUGUUGGAACUGACAUAAAACAAGCCAGCUUUCUUGGCCAGAGAGGUGAAUAUGUUGCUAGUGGAAGUGAUGAUGGCAGAUGGUUUAUCUGGGAGAAACGAACUGGCAGACUAAUAAAAAUGCUUCAAGGAGAUGAAGCUGUUGUGAACUGUGUACAGUGCCAUCCCUCCGAUUGUGUUGUGGCAACUAGUGGGAUUGACAGUACAAUAAAGUUAUGGACCCCAAGUGCUUCGGUCCCAUCUAUUGUAGCUGGUGGAGCCGCUGGACCAGAAACUGCUAACAUUUCUAGCGUUUUGUCAGCUAAUCAGCGCAGAUUAAGCCAUAAUCGUGAAACCAUCCUGUACAGCCGUUCUGAAAUUUUGGAGCAUUUUCGAAUGCAUGAAUUUACUGAAGGAAGCUUGCACCCGUUUGAGUGUGCUCAGAGCUAAACAAGGUUAUAACUGAAGCAUGGAGAUAAAUUAUGCUCGACUGUAAAUGAGACAAUCAGGAAUCUUGUGGAUCAUGGAAAGCAUUAUGGGAUAGCCCUAAAUAAGGCAAAAAUAGAGAGGCACUGCUAUGCUGUGUUCAGCUGUAAAGUUUUCCCCAUUACAAUUUGUCAUUAUCCCCCUCCAAGCAUUUUCCUUGCCUGUAUAGUAUAGUAGAGAUUCUCAACUUGAGAAUGCUCUCGGUUUGUGUGUUGUUUUUGGCUCUCAUGCUUACUAUGUAUUUAUUUUGAUUCUUCCUUAAUGUCAAUAUUGUGUACAGUAUAAGAAAUCAGAGAAUUCUUUUUUGGGUAUUAGAGUUGAUAACUAUAUAUGUAUAUAUUACCAACUCAUUUUUUGUUUUGUUUUGUUUGAUCUGAUUUCCGCAAGUAUGUUCACUGAA